AUGGCCAAUUCAGACGAACUCCGCGACCUAGUCAAAGGUCAGCUUAUCAGGAUCCAGAUCUCGAACGCCGCGGUGUUCAAAGCCGAUUGCAGUGCGAUCCUCGAAACGGAUCUACGAGAGUUUGUGCGUGGUGCCGAAGGCGCCUCUGCCGACGCGGGAAUCCUCGUGGGGGCACGCGUGACCAGCUUUCGGGGGUCCGACGACCGCCUCGCGAAAGUGAUCCAGGCAGGAGAGGCUGGUGAACCCGACAACGUCGUCGCCGUCGAUUUCAAAACCAUCAUACCCGUCGUCAGCACGUUCGGCAAAGACGGUGGUUGCUACCACUACAAAAUCAGCUGCACACGGGUCCAGAAACAGAAAUGUGCGGCACUCAUUGUGUUUAAUCCCGCCUCCCCACACUUAGUCGCGGUAAUUCCCAUGUUCUACCUGGAAACGAGCAAUCGAUACCUAGACCGCAGGGCCGACUCGACCCCAUUCACAGCUAGAAAGAUCCCCUACUUCGGCGGGUUCAUCGAGCUAUUUCCGCUCGAGUGUACGCCCUUUAUAAUGCCCAUCGCGUUCGCCAGUCGGUCGCUCGACCUCCUCCGUCAAUUUGCCGCGGGCGAAAUCUCGACUUGGUACGCCCGAUGGGAUCCGUGGGGUGCGAUCGUGGCCAUCUACUGA